CUUACUUAUUGACGUUGUUGAUUGUCUUCUCUCUUCUGACGAAAGCGUGUUGUGCUAAAAUAAUAGAAUUCUUAAUAUAUAGUGCAAAAAUACAGGACCAUUUAGCAAAAAUGUUUCGUCAUUUUCUUGCAUUUCUGUUAAUAAAUUCAUGUUAUCAAAGUUUGGGUAACCCGAUCAAUCCCGUUGUUUCUACAAAACAGUUAUUAUCAAGUUCACUCGCGACGCUAGCAUCCAAAUGCGAAAAUACUAUUCUAAGCAGUCAAAUAGCAAGCAAAAUAAAAGAUUGUAAUAUAAUCGUGCCGCCUUAUAAGAAAAAACAAUUUCAAUGUUUAAUAUUCCUUGACAUAAAUACGCAAUUAUGCUCAGCAAAGUUAGUGGUAAACGAAGAAUCUCUAGCCAAAGUGAAUGAGAAACAGGAUGUGAAUGCUGUUUGCGCACUGGCUAAAGAGUGGGUUUUUACAAAUGUGUCAGAGUUCGUGAACUACAAGGAAUCUGCUGAGAAGUACUUCAAGCUUCCUGCUACUUGUGGAGAGGUAUGUGGGGAAGAGGACACAAUGAACGAUGCCAACUACUAUUGUAAAUAUUACAAAUGGGGCUUGGAACAGUUGAAGGUCCAAGUUGAGUCUACAGUGGCAAAUAAUGCGAAAAAUAAUGCAGUUGCACCACCAGCUGUUUCAGAGCAAGAUGUGAGUGCUAAGGCUGAUGUGCCUGCGCCUGCUAGUAACCCAAUUAACCAGGAAGCGGAAACGAAAACAUGGAAUGGACAGAUAAAGCAGACUGACCCAGCAGUGAGUAAGUCAACUCAAAAGAUUGAAGUUGCAAGCUCUGAUAUUGAGGUUGUGAAGCCUGAGACUGUAGCUAGUAAUGAUCCUUCUAAGCAAUCAUUGAACAGUGAGAUUGCAGACAGUGUACCUAAGAAUGAAGAAUCAGAUCCCAAUGUGGACAGAAUGGAGGAUCCUGUUAUAGCCCCACCAGAGAAUAUCCUUCCCAGUAACAAUAGUUCCACUAAAACAGUUGUAGUUAGUGAAGAGAAACCUGUCCUCGCAAAUGAUCCGUCCCUUCCCGAUACUAGUAAAAAUCUGCCUGUCAGCGAUAAGAAACCUGAUGCUGUACUUGAAAACCCAAAAGCAAAACCUGUGCCUGAUACGGAUGAGUAUGCAGACUCGGAUGGUAAUGACAAUGUGGGCGAUGAGGAAGCCGAAGAUCCUGGUUUGGAUAUCAAGUCAGAACAAGACACAGGAAACCAGCAAACAUUUAUCAGAAACAAGAUAUUAGUGCCUGCUCAUGAAGCUGAAAAUUCACAAAAAGAUUUCUUCCCCAAUUCGAUGCCAGAUGGUUUCUCAGAAGAGGACAACGACCACUUCUUCCCGUUCUUCAUGACGUCUGUUGUACUCAUGGUCUUGCUGUACGUCCUGUACCAUAACAAGAGCAAAGUUAGCAAAGUGUUCUUCGGCUUAAUACUGGAAGGACGACAAAGCAGUCGCCGUCGCAACAGCCGAGGUCAUGCUUACCGCCGCUUGGACACCCUGGAACAAGCUAUGAGCGCCAACACCGCUGCACCGCCGAGCAAGAUCAUAUACUAAAACGCUUAACACUUAGGUAAAUCAAUCUUUCAGUACAUCUACUCAAGGAGAGGUCUGACUGCAAACAAGCUACAGUUUAUUGCGUUUAAAAAAAUUGGCGCGAAAUUCAGUUGCUUGUGGCGGUGUUUAGUGGCGCCAUGUUGAAUUUUAUUUAAACAUGGAACGCGUGGAUGCCUAUGAAGUGGAAGCGAGUAUGUGAUAUGCACCGUUAUUUCCUUCUCGAAAAUUUCGAGCCAGUAAAUUAUUUAAAUUAAAUAAGUUUCUUUUAAAGAGCUUCUAUCAUAAUUAUUUUCCAUUUUAAAAAGUGGUGUAGUUAAUUUUUCGUUAAUAUUAUGUAUGUAUGUAUGUAUAUAUUUAAAUAAAGUUAUCUAGUCUUGGUAUUACCUUAUUUAAAUCCAUUACUUCAGUUAUAUUUUUAUUUUGCGCAUUAAUUUAGUUUAUAAAUGGCCAGUGCUAUACUAUCGGACUCCAAAGAGGAGUAGGAAUAAGGUGCAAUGCUUGGCCCAUUAGGAAACGUGUCAAAAAUCUUAGUAUUGUUUUUAUUUAUUUUUUAAUUCAUAGUUCAUCUUCGUUAUAUUUUACGGAUAAUACAGGUUAUAUUUUUAUUAAAAUUGACAGUACAAUAGAGAGCAGUUUGUUUUUUGACAAUAUCAAUUGUUAUUAGGAAAUGAGACACGGGUUAGAAUGUUUAGUUAAUUAUUAUUAUUAUCAAUAAACAUUUUCACCUUUUUUAUUUAUGUUCCCAUAAAUUAAAUAAGGUCGUUUCGUUUUUUGGCUUUAUUUUGUCCUUUAAAGUUUUAUUAAAAUGCGUUGUAACUACACCACAUAAUAUAUUUUUCCUUCACUCUCAUUCUUACGUCAUGAUACGAACGUCUGUCACGACUAAAAGCUAUAGCAAAGUUGGAAAACCGCUCUUGUAACGAAGAAAUAAACACUUUUUUCGAUUGUGUUGCUAUUAUGGUACGAACAACAUUCAACGAAACCUCAUAAUAAGAACGUUGGCACAACUAUAGUAGCGCUUUCCUUGUCGGACAUGUGUAUUAUCUAAGAGCAGGACAGAGACAGAUAGAAGGACUCCACAAUACUUAAAAACCAGUGAUCUAAUGUAAUUUUAUUACUACACUAGCUUCUACCCGCGACUUCGUACGCGUAAUCCUAUUUUUCCCGUCCCCGU